AAUAUCUUGUUGUGUUUACAUUUCACACGAAGCUCGUGCAACAAAAAGCUGAAAAGUUUGCUGAAAAUAAAUCAAAAACAAAUGAAUGCUAUCAGCUAGAGUAUAUUUGUAACAAUUGUUACAUUUUCUAAAGUCAGAUACAAGAACAAUGUCUACACAGGAGCAACUUUGUGACUUUAAAAAGUCGGAUUCGGACACUAGCGUCAGGUCGACGACCGAGCUUGAAGAAGCAGGACGAAUGCUGCUAAAUGACCUGGAUGAUGAUGGAGAGAAAGAAAUUUUCUUUGGUCCUAUGACUGAUAGGGAGAAACUGAAGUCCAAGAAGAUGCGAAGAAAGACCAAAGUUUUCAAGCCUGGCUUCAGAGUCGAUUGUGACGAAGAGGAGGAGGAGCCAGCAGGAGAACUUCAAGGUACAGAGAUCAAAGAAGGAGAUUUAGAAGAAGAUUCAAAUCCUGGCACGGGCCUGUCCACAUGGCACACUCCGUCACCCACUCAGAAGAGAUUAAGAAGUUCAGAAUCUGCUAUCAAUGUGAACGCACCGCCUUUCAGUCUGGUCACCGUGUCCCCACAAGCAGAUGCAGCAGCGGUCAGCGAGCAUUAUGGUUCCUGUGGCGUUGAGCUGUUCAGUGCCACAGAUAGUGUGACUGGCUGCGAUGCAACCUGUGUUGAGACAGGCAUAGAUGGAUCAAGUAGGGAUGAAACCAAGACCACAGAUAGUGUGACUGGCCAGAUAUCGGAAGCUCAGUCGCCAACCCUUUCCUCUACAGAAACGGUGCCACCUGCUGUUGCAAAACCAACCCCAAGUAAGACCACUGGACACUGUGGACAGAGUACUGUCAUUUAUUCAAGCCCACUCUUAAUUUCCACAACCGUUCAGAGAGUCCAAAUGCAACAGCCAAUUUGCUAUGGCAACGACAGCAGUCUUAUUCAUGUCCCUGCUGCUGAUGUGGUCAGAAGGGACAAUUCGGAGAUGGGAACCGACGUGGCCCAUCAAACAGAUCCCAGUUCAUCGAAAGAAAGAAAUGUUGCAUCUUCUGCUUUUUUCCCUACUGGACACACUGCCUUUGGUAAACCUACCAGGAAGAUAGAUGAUUUGGCUGCCUCACAGAAUUUGCUUCCAACCCCAAGCGCAGUCUACCAAUCUCCCUCGUCAAAUGCAAGAUACUUUAACCAAGCAACGAACAACGAUCAAGGACUCUGCACUUUGCCACCAAGCAUGCUGCACAAGGAGAAUGUAAACCCAGAUAGACAACCAAACGCAGUGUUAGUUGCCUCCGACUCUGCUGUCAAGUACCAAGUACUUUCUUCCGUCUCAUCACCGAUAGUCUCUGCACUCUGUAGUAAACAGCCCUCACAUUAUCCAUCUGGUGAUGCACAGCAAGCACCUUCACCUAGAGUUCUCCAGCUGUCCAACAGGCAGGCGUCCGCUGGGUCACCCUCUGCCGACGCUAGGCAGCGGCUGAUCGAUGAAAAGAGAGCCCUCUUGGCCCGUCUAAGGGCAGAGAAGCAGGAGCUUCGACAGCGAAUAAAGGAAGAUAAUGAGAAGUGUUUCAACAUGAAGCUUGAGAAUGCUGCUGCUCUUCAGAGUAACAUGGUCCGAGGGAUGACUCCUGUAUUUGAUCGGCUACCAUCGAGAGGAUGUGAUGGUCGCGCAGCUCUUACGUUGACUGAGCGAGAAUUGGAGGUGGUGACCAAACUGCAUACCAUUAGGAACAGUCAGCAUACUGCUUCAGAUAGGACCCAGUCACCGUGCCAUCAAGCUAUUUGUCAUAGAGAUCAAUCUCGUCUCCACUGGCGUGAGGAUUUGAUCCAGAGCAUAGAAGAGCUCUCAAGUCCCAGCCGACCUCGAUGUAAAGCAAGAACCAUCCUCUCAAAGAAAGGCGACAAUUUGGUGAGAAGAGGAGCUGGUCUUCAACCCUCAUCAUCAUCAUCAUCGCCACAUUCUGGACAACCUCGAGCCAAACAGCAUCUCUUGUUUUGAGCCAGAGAGCUCAGCUAAUUGACCUGAGAAAAAGAGGGAGAGAGAGAGAGAGCUGCCACCUUUUCAAUCCUACUUGCCAUUCAUUUAAUUAGUACACAAAAACCUUGGCCCUGUUUCAUAAAGCUUUUUAUCACUGACAAAUUUGCCCUCGGCCAGAUGAGCCAAUCAAAUGCCAUGAUUUCAGUAGCUUAUAACAGUUAUUGACAAUCGUUAUUGAUAAGAAGUUUUAUGAAACAGGGUCAUGCAGUGGUUUACCAUGGCAUAUCUGAAUGAGCCUUCAUGGUCUCAACACCCAGCUAACUGCAGUACUGACCCCCCCCCCCCCUCCUCUCUGAUCGAUCAAAAGAAUAUUAAUGGCAAGCAGUGCCUUACGAAUCAUAACCUUGAUGACAAAGGUUUGAUAUUUUUCACAUCUGUACCACAGAUUCUGUAAUUUUUUCAGCUAUUGAUGUAUUAGUGAGUGACAAAUCACCAGUUACCUUUUAGGUUAUUGGCCAGCAGGGAAAAAAAAUACCCUAAAAUUUUGGGGGGCUACUUUUCGAGCUUGCUUGCAUGAAAGUAACACUCUCUAAUUUGUUUUGCAUUGAACUCUAUGCAAAUUUUGGGAGCUUUUUUUGCUAUUUCGGGGGCUAAUCCGCCCCGAGCCCCCGUGUAUUUUUUUGUGGCUGUUGGCCAGCUAGUUACAUCUUCGAGCGAAUUGCCGGCAAAGCUUCGCACUGAGCUCAGUACAAGAGAAAUCAUGAAAAUUUGGUGUUUGAAGGAAAAUAAAUGUAUGACAAUUAUGUUUAAAUAAAAAUAUAGUAUCAACACUUUAAUAAUGAUUAUUAUUAAUUCAGAAAACAAUUAUCAUUGGAAAGUCACCCAUCAAUGAGUUAUCAAUCGAUUUAUGUUGCAAUUACAGCAAAAAUACAUAUCAAGACAUUUAUCAUGAUAAAAAUAUACAGGGCAUAGUUCCUCUGGUAUGUCAUUACGAAAGGAGAAGAGAAAUUGAAGAGAAACAAAAAGCAAACAAGCAAAAAAUAUAAUAAAAAAAGAGCACUGUGAUAUAUAUGAUGUCUGUGAUGUCGAACAGAAUACCAAGCAAAAGCUUUACGGUAAUUGGUAAAUUUAUUGUUGUGGCUUAUUUGUUCAGCAUAUGAUUGCGGUAUGGUGUUUUUAUUUGAUUUUGAAAUAUUGGUUUUAUUUGUAUAUUUUUUUUUUGUGUGCAAUGAAACUUGGUUAAAUUUACUAGAUUAUGACACCACUGUACAUUCAACACAUCUUGAUCUUUUUAUUUAUUGUAUAAAAUCAUGUAAAUAAAUGUUUAUGUUAGUAUAGUAAGUAUAAUUUUAAAAUUAUGUACUUGUUUUCAUGUUGAUUUACAUCAUGAAUGCAUUGUUUGUAUCUUCUUCAAGAAUCAUUGUUAAAUAAUACAUCCAAUUUCAGUCAAGAAAUUGCACUCUUUUAUGUGGGUUGUGUAUAGUAUCAUUUUGUCAUUUUACGAACAGAGUUACAUCCAAGUUAUGUUGGACAGCCAUCUAGCCUGAAGUUUUAGACUAAUAUUUGCAAGGUUCAAAAGACCAAAACAUUAGUACAUGUACAACUUAAAACUGUACCAAUCACCUAACAAAUAAUUUGUGUAUGGUUAGAAUUUAUCAAAUCAACCUCCAACAAAAAAUGUACCCGGCAUUAUAUGACCUUAUGGGUAAGAAGUAUAAAAACAUUAAAAAUAACAUAAAACCCUAGUCAGAUUUGAGUUCCAUGUGAACCCUAUUCUAUAUGAGCAUAUAUGGAUGCACCUAGUUGUCUACCGGGUACUCACAAUUCACUUUUCGAUUUCUUGAGAGAAUAGUUCAACUUGCGAUACCUCUUGCCAUAGAAGUAUGAUUUGAAGAUUUUGAGUACCGGUAUAGAAUAUGGCAACAUGGAACCCCAAACACACAAAAUAUUCAAGUUCUAGAGGGUUUUCAAUUCGUGGACAUUUUGUGUAAUCUUGGUUAUACCAAUAGAACUAGAAAUUGGAAAACCUUUCAUUGAUUAUAAUUAUAGAGUUGCGAUUGAUCGCAAGUUUGCUGUCUCAUAUCUCUAAUGUACAUAAUUAUGUGCGAGUGAUAUCAACUCUUUAUACGACUGGGCCCCGAUCAACAAAUAUUCUCUUUGUGCAUGCGGAACACUUCUGGGUAUUUCAUUACUUUUUGUAAAAAAGUACAAAUUGUUGUGACUGCAGCUUCAUUUGUACUCAAGACCUGAGCAUUCAAGCAAUAAAAAAAUGUUGAAGUACAAAAA